AUAGCCCUGGAUUCAACUACUGAGAGUCUGCAAGAAAGAACUCAACAAUUAAUUGACAAGAUUAAUGAAAACCGGAAGAAGGACCACAUGCUGAUGAACAAUUUCAGAGAAAGCCUUCUGAUGAAGGUUUCAGCUUUGGCAGAGAAGCUGGAGGAAAGGGUGUUUCUGGCUUACGAUCAUAACAACAAGAUCAUUCAGGAUAAGGUUCAAGAGUUUUCCGACGUCAUGGGAAGAAUCAAGCAAAUCGAAGCGGAGCUCAAGCAGGUCUGCCACACCGUGGAGAUGCUGUAUAAAGACCUGUGCAUUUAAUCUGAACUGUGACUGCACAGAGAAAGAGAAAAAUAAAGCGGACGGGAAGCGUUUAUUGAAAGCAGGAGAAAAACUGAACCCAUUGGAUGUUUUGGUAAGCAAACAGGAGACAUACCUAAAGAUGUUUGGGGGGAAAUGAAGCUGUACCAGACUGCCCCAGUCUUCUAUUGAUACGCAGCCCCUGAAAGUAUUUCAAGGACAUUUGUUCAUUAUUAUUUGCUUGUACACGUCGGGAGUUAACUUCUUGUAACAAAUUCCAAUUAUAUUUGUGUGAGGCUUCACACUCUGGUUUCUGUACAGACAGUGGCUAUUGCUGGCGUAAAUGCUGUGGCCCUACACAGCAAGCAGCACAAGCAUAGAAACGAUUGUAAAACACGUUGACGAGGA